AUGCCCAUUUUCAUCCUCAGAGGUGAUCAGCAGCGCAACGUCCGUCUCCUGGAGCUUCCAACCAGAGGGAGCAACGACCCCUAUAUCAUCAGAGUAUCAGCAGUUGAGGUGAAGACGCCAGAGGAGCUCUUUGUGGAGAAUGGGACAGAAGCAAGACUUCCAUGCCCAUUUUCAUCCUCAGAGGUGAUCAGCAGCGCAACGUCCGUCUCCUGGAGCUUCCAACCAGAGGGAGCAACGACCCCUAUAUCACUGCAGUUCUUCUAUUACUCUCAAGGGAAUGCGUACCCUUGGAAAGACACACCAUUUAAGAACAGAAUCAGUUGGGCUGGAGACCUUAACAAGAAAGAUGCAUCUGUCAGCAUAGCAAACGUGCAGUUCCAGGACAACGGCACUUACUUCUGCGAUGUCAAGAACCCACCUGACAUACUUGUCAAGCCAGGAGAAAUCCGACUUAGAGUCGUGCAGAGAGGUACCUCCCCUCACUAA